UCGGUUAUUUUUGCGUCUGUCAGUGUUCAUUUGUUUCUUGUCACAUUGAGCGGUUUUAAAAUACGUGAAGUUACAUCGUUCGAAUGAUGAAUAUGCUCAAUUUGUACCAAAACAUGAAUAUUUCGUAUUCGUAAGCAAAUUAUAAUGGUACAAAAUGAGUGACAACAUAAAAGUAGUUGUAAAAGUUAGGCCUUUGAUUUCUCGCGAAAUCGAAGAGAAGCUAUCUUACCAGUGGCGUGUGAAGAAUAACACUCUCUACCAGCUCGAUCAGAAUGGAAAGGAUUUCGGAACAGCGUUCACUUUCGACAAGGUGUACGAUAAAGACACCAAAACCUCAGAUGUGUACGAUGAUAUUGCGAAGCCUAUCGUGGAGGCCGCAGCGGCGGGCUUCAACGGCACCAUAUUCGCGUAUGGACAGACAUCGUCGGGCAAAACAUAUACCAUGACAGGCACGGAAGAGUCCCCCGGCAUCAUACCACUGGCGGUUCUCAAUCUGUUUGAGAUUAUCAAGAAUGUACCUGAUCGUGACUUCCUUGUGCGAGUGUCAUACAUUGAGAUCUACAAUGAAACACUAAAGGACCUGCUCAAUGUUGAGAAGGAAAAUAUAAAGAUACACGAAGGCCUUCAGGGGAUCAAGGUGGACGCUAGUGAAAAGGUCGCGUCCUCGCCUGAGGAAGUCCUAGACGCUAUGAGACAGGGUGAAGCCAACAGACAAACGGGAGCCACAAAUAUGAACGAGAAAAGUAGCAGAUCACAUUCAAUAUUUCAAAUUACGAUAGAGUCACGCGAACACAUGGAAGGCUCAGACUCGGAGGUGGGGUGCGUGAACGUGUCGCAGCUGAACCUCGUGGACCUGGCGGGGUCGGAGCGCGCGGGCCAGACCGGCGCCACGGGGCUGCGGUUCAAGGAGGGCACGCACAUCAACAAGUCUCUCUCGGCCCUCGCGCUCGUCAUCAAACAGCUGUCCGAGGACCCUAACAAAUAUGCAAAUUACCGCGACAGCAAACUGACUCGAAUACUUCAGAACUCACUGGGCGGGAAUGCUAAGACCAGCAUUAUAUGCGCAGUGACUCCGGCAGCUAUAGAGGAGACUAUAUCGACGUUGCAAUUCGCAAAUCGUGCCAAAGCAAUAAAGAAUAAACCGGAAGUGAACGCAGUCGCAACUGACGCGACUAUGAUACAGACCCUGACCAAGCAACUGUCAAAACUGCAAGCGCAGUUGGAGAACAAGAAAAGGCUCGAGGUCAUAUUGGAGAAGAAGAAACACGUUGAGCAAGACAACUACAAUCUACAAAAGCAGAUAGCGGCGCUGCAAAAGUUGAUAUUGAACUCGUUCGGACAACGCAGCAGCGCCGAGAUGAUGGCGCAGCGCCGCAAGCAGCCCAACCGCCGCAUCACCAUCUCCACGCUGCACGCCAUCCAGGAGGACGCGCCGCCCGCCGCGCCGCGCUUCUGCACGCCCGCCCUGAAGUACAACCCAAUGACAAUGCCCGGCGCAUCAGAAUUCGUUCCAAUCCAGAGUAGCAACACGCUGUCGAGUUUACCCGAGGAGCCGCCCAGACUUGUGACGCCGCCGCCGCCGGGGAAAAAAGUCAGCUUCGAGGGCGAAGUUAUCGAGCUUGACAGUGAUGACGACGACUGUUCAAACGCUCAAGUCUGCUCGCCGCACCACGACUGCCACGAUAAAUCAAAAACACCCCCUUGCAUCCUUAGAAAAAACGCAAAGUUGGCUGAAAAAAAUCUUAAAGAUAUAAUACAGUUUACUGAGCGAGAGAAAAUCUAUACGCCGAGCGUUGUAGAAUUAAUUGAGAAGUUAGAACAAAAUAGUGCUGUGAUAUCUAGACUGCAAGAUGAGAUUGAAAUGCUUAAUAAGCACAGCAAAGACAAAGAUUUUGAAAUGGAUCAACUAAAGAACAAGAUCAAGAAAACCGAGGAAAAUAUUAAGAAUGUAACAUCUGAAAAGUCUGAUUUGGAAGAUAAAUGUAACGAUUUCGUUAUCAAAGUCACAGAUUGGGAAGUUAGUUAUGAAAGUCUAAAGAAAAAAUAUAAACUAAGGGAGCAGGAACUAUUGUCGUUAUUGGAUGAACAGCGAGUGCCAAAGUCAGAUAAAUGCAAAACAUGUUCAAAAACAACACUAAACGAACUAAGCAGUAGUAAACAUGAAAAUAUUACACAAGUAGCAAGUGACACCGAAAGUAACUCCACAGAUUCCAACACAGACACGUCAUCCGCUAACCUAAACACGUUAGUUACCAGCUUACAAGAAGAAUUGUCACUAAGAAAUCAAACUAUUAUAGAAUUAGAAGCCAAUCUAUGUGCACAAAAACAAAGAAUCGAAUUUUUAGAAAAUUCUAGCCAAGAAUUAGAAGGAUUGUUAAUAAAUAUAAGGAAAAACCUUGCGAUGGUAGAAGAUGAAAACUCUUUGUUAAAGUCUACAGUAGAUACUUUGAAUUCUACUAUAAAAAGCCAAAAAGCCAAUUUAGAAACUGCUUUUAAUGACCAGAAGUCCUAUGAUAGUUUAAUACAAGAAUUACAAUCACAACUAAUCAAGGAAGAUAAUCUAUCGAAUGUCAAUAUUAAUAAUAGCUUAUUAGUAGAUAUGGUUGCGAAUGAAGAAAAGUUUAUUGCGAAUAAUGAAAAUAUUAAAAAUGUCAUACAUUCCUUUAAACUUGCGCUUGAAAAUCGAGAUAAGGAGAUAAACCAGCUGAAGACCUCCAUAGAAAGCAAUAUGCAAAAAGAUUGUGAUAAGAAAUGCAUGAAAGAUCUUGAAGCGAAAACCAAACAAAUGAAUGCUUUAAGCGAAGAAGUAGAAAAGUUACAAGAUCAAAUAAAGGAUAAUAUAGCUACAAUAAAUAAAUUAGUCAGAGAGAAAAAUAAUUUUGCUGCUAUUGAACAAGAACUUGCCACAAAAAUUUCUACUAUUGAAGAGCAAAAUACACAGUUAGAAAUUUCAAAUCAAAAAAGUUUGGACAUCGUGAAAAAAUUAGAAGAACAGAAUAAUCAGUUGACUAUGGAGCUGAAAAACACAAGUGUAAAAGAACAAUCUAUUUUAAAAACUAACCAAGAUUUAGUCAAAGAAACAGACGAAUUAAGGGAAAAAAUAAAACAGCUUGAAGAAGAUGUUCACAAUAAAGACGAGUUUGUCGCAUCAUUGCAAAAACAAGAACAAGUUACACAAGAGCAUAUCGUGAAAGCACAGUUAGUUAUAGAAAAAAUACGAAAUAUCCUUGCCACAUUGACAGGUAACGUUCAGGAUGUACCUGAAGUUAUCGAUAACUUUGUAAAUAUAUUCAGCGCGCUAAGCAGUAGUUUGAAUGUUUUGGAGUCUGUUGCCGCAGACACUGUAUCCAAACGAAUAGCUGAUAUAGAAAAAAUUGCCGCGUUAAAUAAAGAACUUGAUGAGAUUAGAAAUAAUAGUGUAUUAGAUAUUGAAAGUAUUGUGGUGCAACUAAAUACUUUAAAAGAAUCUGAAAGAAAAUUAACAACAGAAAUUGCCGAGAUUAAGUGUAAAUUAACAACAACCAUUGAGGAAAAGACGAAUAUCGAGAAUGCUUUGAAUGAUUGCCAAAGUAAUUGCACUAGUUUACGAAGUGACCUCUCAUGUAAAGAAGAACUUGUGUCUUUACUGACAGAGAAUGAUUAUAAAUUAAGCGCUGAAAAACAAGAGCUAAUGUUACAAAUAUCUGGCUUGACGGAAAGCAUCAACAAUAUAAAUGAUUCACUUAAAAUCAAACAGAACACCUUCGAUCAAAUCUUAUUAGAUAAAGAAAAUGAAAUAGAUAAUUUAACAAAAACUAUAGAAGUAAUGAAUCGUUCUCUAGAAGAAAAAAAUAAUGACAUAAUUUCACUGACUACUAAACUUCAAGAAAUGGAUAAUGUAACCAAAGAACAAACGUAUGAAUUCUGUUUGGAUAACGACUUACUAAAAUCACGCUAUGGAAAUAGUAGCGAUAAUGGAUAUCAUGAGGAUGAAUAUACGGAUUUAGAUUUGGGCCAUUCAACUUAUGAUAAUGAAAACAGUAUUUCAAAAACUUCAUCUAAAGACCUUAAAGAAAUGAGAUACUCGCCGAAGAGUCUAGUAACAAUAUGUUGCAGUCAAAUAAUAGACAAUAUACAUCCAAAAGAUAAUACGAAAAGUAUUACUCCUUCUAGUUCCAAAACGGACAUUGAAGUUCAAAAUGCUGAAAGCCAAGUGAACAUGUGCAAGUGUGACGAACUUAAAUCGGAUUUGUUAUCAACGCAAAAUGAAAAUACGAAUCUGAUUGAAAUUGUAGAACAGUUAAAAUUCAUCAACCAACAGUUAGUCGAUGAUCGUGAAGAAGUUCGUAAAGAAAUCGACCUUCUUUUGGAACCCGUACAGGAACUGCAAAAGAAAGUAGUUAACCAUAAAACAAAUUUAUCAAUCUUAACUGCAACUACUUAUGCCGAAAAUAAAUCUUUAAAAUCUCAAGUCAAAAGCUUACAACAUCAUCAUAACCGAUUCCAUAAUGUUUGUCAAAGAGAUAUACCAGCUUUAAAAAAACAGCUCUGGGAGCUGUUGACCAUAAUAAAAGGGAACGCAAUACUUUCUGAUGCCCAUAAUGUUAGCUUUAAGAGAUAUUCCUUACCAGAUGUAUUGGACAACAACACUUCUGUGUCUAAUUUAAAGAAUGAAUCCACGUUAGAUGGAGAUCUCCUAAUGUUGGAUACUAAUGUUACACUGACAACGGCAGACAACACAUUGGUCGGUUGCGAUCAAACAUGUUUAGAUUUAACUCAAGUACUCUAUAAUGAAGUUUCUUGUCAGACUAUUGAAAUGAACAAGUUAAAUGAAUCAAACUCUCUUUGUUCCCAAUUAGAAUUGUUAAACACUGAUAGCCGAAACAUGUUUGAAAGUCUAGAAACUUUGAAAGAAGAAAACCGUAAAUUACGCGCACAGCUAAACAAGUACUCUGCAACCAAAGAAUCUCAAGUAGAAACUCAUAAGGAUGAAAAAGAUGUUACUGAGUGUAGCAUGUGUAAAAAUACAAAAGAAUUAAAAGAAGCGAAAGAAAAUUUCGAAAGAGAUUUCCAAGAAUUAUCUAACACACUACUACAAUUGAAAACAGAGAAAAAAGAAAUAGAACAAAAGUAUAUAACUCUCACUCUUGAAGUUCCAUCAACAGAGGCCUUAGUAAGGAAAAUGUCUGCCUUAGAAAAGGACUACAAUUGCAAAAGAAGUGAAAUUGUCAAAUUAACAGAAGCAUUAAAAAAUAAAGCUCAAGAAGCAAAAGUUUUACAAGAUGAAAAUGACUCUUUAUCCACACAAGUUUUUGAUAACAUUUCAGAAAUGGAUGACCUCAAUAAAGAAUUAGAUCAGCUAAGACAAACAAACUUGGAAUUAUCUAAUCAAUGUGCUGAAUUAGAAAAAAAUAUUAAAGAACCCAUCGGCAGUAUGAGAGCUUUGACUGCUUGUCCUGAAUGUGUAUUAAAAGACAAAUUUAUCCAAUCCAUACAGCGGCAUGAGAUUAAAGAAUCACAUUCAAAGCUUAAUAAAAGUUUGAGCGACUCUGAAACGUCGUCCAGAUACAAUAAAAUAUGCACACUGCAAAGUGAAUUGCAUGCCGGACGCGAAGACUGUCGAGUGUUGACAGAAGAUGUGACAACUAUUAAACAUCAUUUAGAAAGAAGUAAUAUCUCGAUGGAUCUGGACGAAAGCAUGGGAGACACACACAUUUAUUCAUUUCCUAAAGAUUCUGUUCCUGGUAGUCCUCAACUCAAUACAUGCUCAAUGCCAGACAUUCCAGAGGAGCGUCCGCUUAACAUCUAUAUGAAUGAAAAGAAAGAUUGCUUAAAUUAUUAUAUCGAGAAAAUGGGUAUUGAAAGGGAAAACUUAAAUAGUGACAUCAAAAUCAUUGACAUCAUGAAAAUGUUCUACAAUAAUUUAGUAACGAAACAUGGAAACGAAGUGGAGAAUUUAGUUAACAAGUUGAAAGAUUAUGAUGAGUCUAAAGUUCAACUCCAGUCACAAAUACUACAUAUAAAUUCAGAAUAUAGAAAAAUAACCAAAGAAUUAGAAGAAAAAAAUCAUAAAAUGAAAAAGCUCGCAGAUAUUACAUCACUUAUAAAAAAUAAUAUUAAAUCUGCAGAAAUUGAAAUGUCAAAACCAUCAGAAGGUGACGAUAUAAAGAAAUCCAUAAAUAUUAUUAAAGAUAAUCUGCUGUCGGUUCUCGACAACGAAUUUGGUUUUUCUAGCUUGAAUCUUAUUCAUAUUUUUAUUCAUAAACUUGUAACCAAACAACAAAAUGAUCUAAGUGAAAUUCUAGGAAAGUACACAAAACUGCAAGAAAAAGCAGAAACAUUGACAAGUGAAUUAACAUCUGUUAACGGCAAUUUAGCUGAUAUGAGAGAAAGAUUAUCUGAAAAAGAAAAAGAAUACAACUUGCUGAAAGCUCAAAAAGAUAAAAUUCAUGAAAUCAAUAAUGCAGUGACUUUGGAUAUUAUAAGACGAGAACAACUACUUCAGGAGAUUGUAAAUACUUAUUAUAAGCGACUUUUAGAAUUUAGUAUUGUUAAACAGGGUGAAAUUGAUUUGUCACAACCGUUAAAUGUAAAUUUGGACAUUUUGUUUGGAUGUCUCAUUAACCAAUACAAAAGUCAAGUAAGCAAUGAAGAGAUUGUAAAAGAUAAAAAGAGACUAGAAGAAGUAAACGAGCAUCUUGUGUUGGACAUAAAGAACGCAAAAACUGUAAUAGAAACAAAAGAUACACAACUGACAGAACUAAAAUCACUUCAUAAUAAACUACAAGAACUUACGAAAAAUACAAAUCUCGAUCUUAAUGAGAAGAAUAAACAACUAGAAGAAUUAAGGACUAUAUAUGAGGACUUGUGUUCAGUUUACAAUAAGAAGGUCGAAGAAAAUAAUACAAAUCUAGCUCUAGCCGAAAAGUUGGCUGAAGAAGUACGAAUAUUAAAAGAAACUGUUGCACAAAAAGAGGCUAAUAUUUUGUCUUUGUCAAAACAAGACGGUAAGCUUAAGGAAUACAUCGAAAACAUAAAAGAUUUACAAAAUGAGAAUACCAACUUAAAAUAUGUUAGUGAAAUGAUUACCAAAGAAAAAGAAACAUAUGCUUCAGAGCUUAAAAAGUCUGGUGAGACUAUCAAGCAAAACAAUAAUGAACUUGAUAAAAUGACUUCAGAAAUUUUAAUUCUAAGAGAAACAGUAAAGGAGAGUUCUUUAGCCAUCGACACUCUUAAAAAUGAAGCAAAAUCACUGCUUAAACAAAACUCAGAAUUAAAGCAGCAAAUCGAUCAGAAAUGUCGAGAUUGCUCAAGACUCGAGACGAAUAUGAAAACGCACGAGAAAACUGCUGAGAUUCAAAGCAGGAUGAUUAUAAGACUACAGAAGCAGAAAGAGGAUGACGACAAAGCGAUAAAUGAAAAAAAUAAACAGCUUGAAGAGAUGACAGUUAAAUAUGCAGCUUUACAAAAAGAAUACGACAGUAUACAAAACCAGGCGCAAGCUGCAAAACGUGAAAUUGAAGAAUUGAAACAUACCAAGGAAUCAUUAGAGGCCCGCAUAUCGGAGUUACUAACCGAAGUAGAGGCCGGCCAUAAGCCACGCCGGUCUCUCGAAUCGCGACGACGACGGCAAAGUUUGCACGAUUCCAAACGAUUAUUCAGUGAAGAUAAACAUGAAUUUGACGAUGGUAAAACCGUUGAAACCAUGUUCGAGUCCAGACACAGGCCCGACGAUCUCUUCAUGGACCCCGAAGAAGAUAACUCCAAUCGUAGCACACCAAACAGGCAAAGCAGAGGGCGCGACAGCUUAAUCUCUCGAACUGACCAGAGUGAAAAAGAUGAAGAGCAUUCUUCCAGGCCGAGCAGCGUCCUGGAGACUCGCAAGCGAAGACAGAGCUCGCACGACUUGCAUCGCAGCGUGACGCGGUACUCGCCUUCGCCACACGACCAUUCGAGAAUAGACGACGCGUUAAAACAAUUCGACAGUGGGGACAGCGAAGUAGUACAGUUGAGGCAGCAACUGUCUGUGUGCCAACAAGAACUGGAGGAGUUGCGGGAGAGGUACAAGGACUUAGACGAGGAGUGUGAGACGUGUGCGGAAUACCUUCGUGAGAGGGACGAUCAGUGCGCGCGGCUCAAGAGAGAGAAAUUGGCUCUCGAGAAACAAGUAAAUGAACUAAAGAAACUAACCAUUUCGGCCCAACGUAAUGAAAACACACCAAGCAGUCUGGUAGAAGUUGGCGUCAAUACCGACGAAGACUGGACAAAGCUACACUCGUUGGUGGUAGACCGCAUGUCUUAUGACGCAGAAGUAGAAAAGAACAAGAAGUUAUCCAAGACUAUUGAAGAGCUGCGCUACAAAAAUCAAGAUCUCAAAAUGACCUUGGCGAAAAUGCAGAAGGCUUUGGAGAAACAUUCAGGAAAAGAUAACAGGGAAUUGGAAGCUAUGAAGGAAGAGUUGAAAGAUCUUAAGGAUGAACUAGCGGAGCUUCGACAAAGGAACAAAGAGUUAGACGAGGAGUGCGAGACCUGCGCGGAGUACCUGCGAGAGAGGGACGAGCAGAACCGACGUCUCAAGGAAGCCAAGGCGGCGUUAGAGGCUAAACUGCAGGAGUACCAGGAGAGUUCGGGAACGCUGGCCAGGUCGAAGUCGGCGCGACGCAAACGGCAGACAAUGCAUGACCUCAACCGCUCGUCCGCCGUCAACCUCUCCGAUGCCGCCACAGAGACUACAGAAGAUUUUCUAAGUUCACAAGUGGAACGUGACGACAGUUGCAGAGAAGCGACAAAUGAUCCACAUUCACGAGAAAUUAAGCGUCUUAAAAUUGCAGUGGAGAAAUUAUCUCAACAAAAGGCCGCUCUAGAAAAACAGUUGCUGUCAAACUCGCACACGCCCGCGCAUCCAACUGUGUACGUAGCUACUGGCAGCGCCAUUGUACAGAAUCAGCAAUUGACCGACGUGAUGAAAGAGAAUCAAAAAUUGAAAAACAUCAACGCCAAACUGAUCAACAUUUGUAAGAAACGAGGCAAGUCAGAGGCCAAUAGAGAAAAUGAAGAUCCAUCCAACCAAUGAUGAGUCUCAACCUUCUUCCUUGAGGUAAAUUGUACAAGUACAAGGAUGCGGAAAACGAAGUUGAAUCGAAAGCUGGACUUGUUGAUUUACGUAUAAUUAACAAUGAAAUACUCAAUGAUUAUUAAAUUAUAUUAUGAAAACAAUUUACAUAAUUGCGGUGAAUGUAAAAUGUUAAUUUUUGUACACUCGCUUUUUGUUGAUAAGCUUGUAACGCAAGCAUCGAGAAAAUGGUUGAGUGUUGUGUGAUGUCCAUCUGUAAAAUUUGUAUAUUUUUCAGAUUUUAUUAAUUAUAAUAUUAUUAUGGCUGUGUGGGCGGCUGCAAAGCGUGUCCCAUUUGUCCUUUGUUCUCAAUGUGAAUUAAAUUUAUUUAUUUUGUCAUUAAAGUGCUUUACUAUUUGAAAGGUUAGAUUAUCUUAAUUUUAUUCUUUGUAGGCGUGUGAGAUCAUCUCUCUCUCUAUCAAGAUAAAAGGAAGUAUAUAUUUUCUUAUCUUGUAAGUUAUAGAAUAUUAUUCAUAUAACACAGUGAAAGGUCACAUUAACUAUCUCAAAAAACGAGCAAAUAUUAAACGUAGAGAAUUGAUGGACCAAAUGGGGGAAAAAUGUUUUUUUUUUCUUUCAACAAACUUGGGCCUUAUGCACUUUUUUUCGUCUCAAAUAAAAGACUGAAUGCUAUUGACAUUCCAAAAGCAUUUACUAGGAAUGAUUAGACGGAAUCGAAUGAUUUUACAAAUAUUGUGAGGUAUUGGUGCCAUUGUUGCCUGCAGCGGAACGAUCGGCCUGACUUGCUAACGCCCAAUAUAUCGUCACUUGAUAAAGGCUAAACGUAUGCCGAAACUUAAACGCCACAGAACUCUUCGCCAUAGUGUCAUGGUUAAUUUGAUACAUGAUAUUGGUAUCUUGUUAUACUAUACGGAUCACUAGACUUUCAAUUGAUAAGUGGUGGCAGCCUUUUGAGAGCGACUUAAAAUCUGCGACUUAGUUUAAUUGUCAGCAUAGGCCUACCGUUAAGCUGGCAUAAAGAUCCAAUUAUCGUAUUUUGCUCAUCGUACGAUUUCCCUUCAUGCGCAUGGGCAGUCGGGCGAUCUGAUGUUGCAUGGUUAGAAGUAAUGUUGCAAUGAAUGUUCUCAUAGAUAUAUGUUUUCCAUGCGGUACAAUACAUAGUAUUAUUAGUACUUAAUAUUUCAAUGUUUGUGUAAAGUUUUGUAUGUGGAUAUUGCUGAUAUUCAAUGUCUAUAAAAUGUUAGCUUUUUUAAUACUGCACACUUCAGUUGCAUAUGCCAUGUUCAAUUUAUGCACAAAUUAAUUUUAAAAUAACAUAUUUCAAUUACACAUUGUUUCCAUUGCAAAGUUUAGUCAUUUUGUUUUUUCCUAAUGUUGAUGGUACCUAUAUUAAAAUAAAUGUUUGAUUUUU